AUGGAAGGUUCACUGAGCAAUAUUCCAAUUAGCACUUUUGUUUUUGAUCAUCAAACUUCUCCUGCUGAAGAUGCUCAGGCUCUUCAUCAUGCUUUCAGAGGAUGGGGUUCUGUAAGUAAGGCUAUGAUAGCAAUACUGGGCAAUAAAAAUGUUCAUCAGAGACAAGAAGUCAUAAGGAUUUAUGAGGAGAUUUACCAAGAUAAUCUCAUCAAACGUCUAGAGUUUGAGAUUUCUAACGAUUUUGAGAGAGCUGUGUAUUGGUGGAUGUUGGAACCUGCAUAUCGUGAUGCAGCUCUGGUGAAUGCAGCAAUUAAUGGUCAUAAAGACUAUCACGUGAUUGCAGAGAUUGUUUGUGUUCUUUCAGCUCAAGAACUCAUGGCAGUGAGACUUGCCUAUCAUGCACGCUACAAGCGUUCCUUGGAAGAAGAUGUGGCAACUCACACCACUGGCUAUCUUCGCCAGGCAAAUUUUGAUUGGAUUGCAAUCAAGGAGAAGAAACCCAACUAUGAAGAAGUCAUCAGGAUUCUUACAACAAGAAGCAAGACUCAGCUUGUUGCAACUUUCAACCACUACAAAGAUGAGCAUGGGAUUUCUAUCAGUAAGAAAUUGGUAGAUCAAUCAUACGAUGAUUUUCUCAAGGUGGUGCACACUGGUAUUCGCUGCAUCAAUGACCACAAGAAGUACUAUGAGAAGGUUUUGCGCAAUGCAAUAAAAAUGUUUGGAACUGAUUAUGAUGGACUGAGUCGUGUGGUUGUGACAAGGGCUGAGAAGGAUUUGAAGAACAUCAAGGAGCUCUACUACAAGAAGAACAAUGUUCACCUUGAGGAUGCAGUGUCCAAAGAAAUUUCAGGGGACUACAAGAAGUUCAUCCUCACUCUGUUGGGAGACAAGACUAAAGAAAUUUUCCUGAUUGCAGACAUAAUUAGAAAAGGAUGGAGUGCAUGCAAGGUUGCAAUGAGUGGGUUCAGUAAGCAAGGCUAUUAUCGUAAUACUGGGCACAGAAAUGUUCAUCAGAGACGAGAAAUUAUAAGAACUUACAAGGAGAUCUACCAUGAGAAUCUCAUCAACUACCUUGAGUCUAAGAUCUCUGGUGAUUUUAAGAAAGCUGUGUACUGGUGGAUGUCGGAGCCUGCAGAUCGUGAUGCUGUUUUGAUGAAUGUAGCAAUAAAGAAUGGUCCUAAAGACUAUCAUGUGGUUGCAGAAAUUGCUUGUGUUCAGCUCAAGAACUCUUGGCAGUGA